AGUCAACCUUUGUGCCGCACAGCCUUCGGCAGACCCAUUGAACCAACCAACAAUGCCAGACGACCCGACUUCAUUACAAGCCCAUUAAAAGCGGUCCGAAAUUUGGCUAUAUAAAGCGGCCGGCGGCGAGCUAGAAAAAUUUUAUUUAUUUCACGGCACCACAGUGAAUCACUACAUUUUAAAUAUGCAUAAAUAUGCCAUUUGUUUUAAGUUUUUACUCAUUUUUCUGGAUUGUUCGCGAGCGGCCUUCAACUGCUCAGCACCGCCGAAUUUCAAUAACUUUGACAUCAACACUUGCUGUCGCACCCCGGAAUUGGAUAUGGGUGAUGUGCCCCAGAAGUGCCACAAAUAUGUAAGUGGCCUAAAGUCGGCGAACUCCAAAUAUCCCAGCUAUGCUCAUCUGUGCUAUCCUGAUUGCAUCUACCGCGAGACGGGUGCCAUGGUCAAUGGAAAAAUUAAAGUGGACAGAGUCAAGCAGUACUUGGAAGAGCACGUUCAUCGGCGGGAUCAGGAUAUCGUUUCCCACAUAGUGCGCUCCUUCGAGUCCUGUCUGGCCAACGUCAAGGGUCACAUGAAGUCAUUAAACAUCGAGUCCUAUAAAGUGCUGCCCCAUGGCUGUUCGCCCUUUGCCGGAAUCAUUUAUAGCUGUGUGAAUGCCGAGACUUUUCUCAAUUGCCCCGCGCAAAUGUGGAAAAACGAGAGACCCUGUAAUUUGGCCAAGCAAUUCGCCGAGCAGUGCAAUCCACUGCCCCAUGUUCCGCUGCCCAGCAGUUGAGCAGCUGAGCAGC